GCUGGGGGUUGUAGCAGUUUUUCCUGCCCGGACUGGCGUAGGAUUGUCUGGUAAUCCGUUGUAGCAAAAACCCCAGUCAGUCUUGUGGUGCCUUUGUCUCAAGGAGGUUGUGGAGGCUAAGUUCACUCCACCACUGUAUCUUUGGCUAUGCCAAGGUCUGCUGGUGUAGUGGACAUAUUUGCAUCUCUGUAUAGCACAGGCUUGUAAUGCACUGGGGAUACCAGAGUGAAAAUCAGGUAGCAGUAUUUUAUAUAAAUCAAGUUGGUUUGCAAGGUGCUAUAGCCUCCUGAUCCAGCCCAUCAUUUUAACAGGAGCCUGCGAGCACCAGCCUGACCUAGUGGGUUCCAAGACGAAGAGCUUCUGCCAUAAGACGCCUGCUAAUCUUUAGGUUCCCCGUGGUUCUUUGCAGUUUGAUAACAUUUGACAGCUGAGAGAAGUUGAAGUUUAACAUGUUAAAGAGGGGGAUCUUGUACUUUUAAACAAACAGUUACUGUUUAAGUUAGAGGCAUUUCUGAGUGUGGUUCGCCCCUUAUUUACUGCAUUUUUGAAUUUUGUGCCGGUGGGUAUAGAAUGCUAUUCACAUAUACAGAUGUCGUAUACAGUCUAUUUAUGUAUUGUGGUUGUGACGGCUGGCUACAAGGAGUAAAGCUUAUUUGUUUAUUUCUUUUCUGUGGCACCCCACAGCCAAAGCUUACACAUAACUAUUGUAUUACUUUGUCGCCUUAAAGCAUAAUCUGCAUAAAGUGUUGCAGUCUGAGCUGCUUCCCUAUGUAUAGAUGGGCAAGGGAGGCAGAAAUGGUUUGUUCAGGGGUUCAUACUAGGGAGACAGGUUCUGAGGUCCAGCAUCAGGCCUGGGGCUAUUGAGCCACCCUGUUUCCUACCCAGGCUCUUUCCCAGAGUUAAGUGAUUUAUAUGCGGGUUAAAUAUAACCCUAUGGAUGUUUAGCAGAAAAAUGGUUGUCCAGGACAUGCCGGGAGGUGUGGGGGUGCUUCUGUCUAAACAUGAUAGAAUUGUGCCCUUUAAUACUCUGUCCCCCGGGCAGGUUAAGUGCAUGGACUGGUGGAGAGGUUGCAGUCUGGUUUAUCAUCCUUGCUCUGGAGCGUCCUUGAUGCUUCAUUAGUUAAUGAUGGCAAAGCCACCAAGCAAAGAUCCUGGCCUGAAAGAGAAAUUUAAGAGUCUCCUGGGACUCGGACAAUCCAGGUCUAAUUCUAAGUCAUCAGAAGGAAAACAAACAGAGUUUAUCAUCACAGCAGAAAUACUCAAGGAACUGAGCCCUGAAUGUGGGUUGCACAGUCGGAUCAAGGCAAUUGGUCAGAUCUGUGAGGUAGCAAAAACGAAAAAGUUUGAAGAGCAUGCAGUGGAAGCUAUCUGGAAGGUGGUAGGAGAUCUGCUGCAGCCAGAUCGGCCAACGGAGGCCAGGCACGCCGUGCUCUACCUGCUGAAGGCAAUUAUCCAAGGACAGGGUGAGAGACUAGGAAUCCUCCGAGCUCACUUCUUUAAAGUGAUUAAAGAUUAUCCUUCUAAUGAAGACCUGCACGAACGACUUGAAGUGUUCAAGGCACUUACAGAUAAUGGAAGAUAUAUAACAUACUUGGAAGAGGAAUUAGCUGAAUUUGUCCGCCAAUGGAUGGAAGUCGGUUUAACUUCAGAGUUCCUGCAGGUGCUGGUCAACUUGGUCAAGUUCAACAGCUGCUACCUGGAUGAAUAUAUUGCGAAUAUGGUCCACAUGAUUUGCCUCCUGUGCGUUCAGACGUCAUCUGCGGUUGACAUUGAGGUUUCCCUGCAGGUCCUGGAUGCCGUGGUGUGCUACAACUGCCUGCCUUCCGAAACCCUCCCGGUCUUUAUUAUCACCUUGUGCUGGACCAUCAAUGUGAAGGAACUCUGUGAGCCUUGCUGGAAGCUCAUGCGGAACCUGUUGGGAACUCACCUGGGACACAGUGCCAUUUACAACAUGUGCCGGAUCAUGGAGGACAGGACCUACGUGUCAGACGCGGUGUUGCUGAGAGGGGCCGUGUUCUUUGUGGGGAUGGCCUUGUGGGGCGCUCACAGGCUGCAGGCGCUCAAAAAUUCACCCACGUCAGUGCUGCCCUCCUUCCUGAAGGCCAUGACGUGCCCAAAUGCCAUUGUAUCUUAUGAAAUUGUCCUCUCCAUAACGAGGUUGAUCAAAAAGUAUGGAAAGGACCUCCAGGCAGUCACCUGGGACAUUCUCCUGGAUAUUAUCGAGAGCUUGCUUCAGCAGCUUCAGACCUUGGAAAGCCAGGAGUUGAAAACCAUUGUCCAUGACCUGCUGACCACUGUGGAGGAGCUGUGUGAUCAGAAUGACUUCCAUGGUUCUAAGGAGAGAUACUUUGAGCUUGUGGAAAGAUGUGCUAAUCAGAGACCAGAGCCUUCAGUUCUGAACCUGAUAACCUACCGAGCUCAGUCCAUUCACCCUGCGAAGGAUGGCUGGAUCCCCAACCUGCAGGGGCUGAUGGAGAGGUUCUUCAGAAAUGAGAGUCGAAGUGCUGUUCGCAAUAAAGUUUUGUAUGUCCUGUCAUUUGUCCUGAGUGUAAACAGACAAUUUUAUGAGGAGGAGUUGAUCAAUCUAGUGGUCAUCUCCCAACUGGCCCACAUCCCGGAAGACAAAGAUCACCAAGUUCGCAAACUGGCCACCCAGUUGCUGGUGGACCUGGCUGAGGGCUGCAACACCCAUCACUUCAACAGCCUGCUGGAUAUCAUAGAGAAGGUUGCUUCGCACUCCCUGUCGCCACCUGCUGAACUGGAGGAGCGAGACCUACUCUCCUUCUCUGCCUCUUUAGAGGAUGUGAAGACUGCAGUUCUGGGCUUACUGGUUAUCCUCCAGACGAAGCUGUACAGCUUGCCUGCGAGCCACGCCACCCGUGUCUAUGAGAUGCUGGUCCUGCACGUUCAGCUGCACUACAAGUACAAGUACAGCCUCCCAGUUGCCAGCAGCAUCCGGCUGCAGGUUUUUGAUUUCUUGCUCUCGCUGCGGGCCGACACUCUCCACCGACUAGGCCUGCCCACCAAAGAUGGCCUUGUGAGAUUCAGCCCCUACUGCCUCUGCAGCUUUGUGGAACCUGAAAAAAAACCUGGUACCCUGUCCCCUCCCUCUGGAAGUCCGAGUGCGCCCUCGCAGACCCCGGCCAUCCGCGCAGGCCACCUGCCUUACUCUUUGCUCUUUGGAGUCCUCCUGCAGUGCUUGAAACAAGAGACGGACUGGAAGGUGCUGAAGCUGGUUCUGAAUAAGCUGCCCAAGUCUCUGCAGUGCAAAGUGCUUUACUUGACGUCCCCCUGCAACAUGGAUCAGCUGUCGUCUGCCCUCUGUGCCAUGCUUACAGACAAAAAGAUGACGGAACGCUUGCGGGGCAUACCCGAAGGACUGUCUCGUAAUGAUUUGCAUCUGGCUGUGGUUCCAGUGUUGACGGCUUUGAUCUCUUACCACAGUUACCUGGACAAAACUAAGCAGCGGGAGAUGGUGUACUGCCUGGAGCACGGCCUGAUCUACCGCUGCGCCAGCCAGUGUGUCGUGGCCCUGUCCAUCUGCAGUGUGGAGAUGCCAGAAAUUAUCAUCAAGGCCCUGCCAGUCCUGAUAGUCAAGCUGACUCAUAUUUCAGCCACAGCCAAUAUGGCCAUUCCCCUCUUGGAAUUUCUUUCAACAUUGGCCCGACUGCCUCACCUCUACAGGAACUUUGCAGCCGAGCAGUAUGCCAGUGUAUUUGCCAUCUCGCUGCCCUACACAAACCCUUCCAAGUUUAAUCAAUACAUUGUUUGCCUGGCGCACCAUGUCAUAGCCAUGUGGUUUAUCAAAUGCCGGCUCCCCUUUCGGAAAGACUUUGUUCCCUAUAUCACCAAGGGCUUGCGUUCCAAUGUCCUCCUCUCCUUUGAUGACACCCCGGAGAAAGACAGCUUCCGGGCCCGUAGCACAAGUCUGAAUGAAAGGCCAAAGAGUAAUUUUAAAAUAGCCAAAAAUGCCAGGCAAAGCUUGAAUAACUCUCCUCCAGUGAAAGAGCUGAAAGAACCCUCUGCCGUUGAUGCCUUCCGGUCUCGCAGCAUCAGUGUGUCUGAUCAUGCAGUCCACAGCCGGAUACAGACCUCCAUCACCAGCUCCAGCUUGGGAUCUGCUGAUGAGAAUUCGAUGGCCCAGGCAGAUGACAGCCUGAAAAACCUCCAUUUGGAGCUCACAGAGACCUGCCUGGAUAUGAUGGCCCGAUACGUCUUUUCAAACUUCACUGCUGUGCCCAAAAGAUCUCCUGUUGGAGAGUUCCUCCUGGCUGGAGGAAGAACCAAGACCUGGCUGGUGGGUAACAAGCUAGUGACAAUCACUACAAGUGUUGGGACAGGAACCAGGUCACUCCUGGGCCUGGAUUCUGGGGAGCUGCAGAGCAGCAUGGAGACAAGUUCAGACCACAUCUUGGAAGUGAGACAGACAAAAGAGGCCCCAGCCAAACUCGAGUCUCAAGCUGGUCCACAGGUUGCUCGAACCCGCAGCCGUGUCAGGUCAAUGUCUGGUGGCCACGCUCUGCGGGCUGGGCCAGUGGAUAGCUCUGCCUCCCACUUCUCAGCCAGCUCACUGCCCCAAGGAGUACAGAGUUCUGCUUCAGCUGCCCGGACGGAAAAAACUGUUUCCAGUGCUUUGCAGAAGGAAAAGGCAAACCUGGCUGCAUAUGUCCCACUGCUGACCCAAGGCUGGGCAGAAAUUCUGGUGCGGAGACCAACAGGGAACACCAGCUGGCUGAUGAGCCUGGAAAACCCACUUAGCCCGUUUUCGUCGGACAUCAACAACAUGCCGCUGCAGGAGCUCUCCAACGCGCUCAUGGCGGCCGAGCGCUUCAAGGAGCACCGCGAGACGGCUCUGUACAAGUCCCUCUCGGUGCCCUCCUCCAGCCUCUCCGCCGGGACAGCCAAGCCCUCUCUCCUGCAGCGCUCCAACACAGUGGCCUCUUUCUCUUCCAUGUUCCCGGCCAGUUCUCAAGAAAAGUUGCACAGGAGCAUUUCCUGGGCAGAAUCCGCCAUGGUUCUGGAGGAAGGAAGCCCCCCAGACACAGAUCUGCCAGAAAUGGAGGGUCCUUCAGAGUCGCAGGAGAUUGAAGACUUUGAACCUGCAGCUUCCGAUCACGGCCGGAGGGAGAAGGUGGGCAAAGUCCAACGGGCGGACAGUCAGUCCUCCUCAACGUCUAGUCAAGAGGAAAAAGCUCUGAAGCCAGAAGACUCAGUUGCCAUUUCCAUUCCCAUCGAAAGGCCCAGGAACCUGGAAGACAGCCCUGCCUUUGAGGCCCUCUCGUUGCAGCCUUCCCAGCCCCUGAGCAAGUCCAGCUCCUCUCCAGAACUUCAGACCCUCCAGGAGGUGCUCAAAGACGCCAGCAGUGAAGAGCCCCCUGGGCGGCUGAGCAGCACCGUGAAGCCCAGGUCCCAGUCUGGACACUUGGAAGGUGAAGCAGCAGGGGCCUGGCUGGGAAGAGGGGAUGAGGACGGGGCCUCCGAGGGAGCCAGGCUGGGGCGUGGCACGCCCGCUUCCCCCCAUUCCCCGACGGGCCACCGCCCCCGUGGCUACACGAUCUCUGAUUCGGCACCCUCGAGACGGGGCAAGAAGGUCGAAAGAGACCCUUUCAAGGUCCGAGCGGCAGCCUCCAACGCAGAGAAGGUGCCAGGAAUCAAUCCAAGCUUUGUGUUCCUGCAGCUGUACCACUCUCCUUUCUUCGGUGAUGAAUCCAACAAGCCCCUUUUGUUGCCAAAUGAGACCUUUGAGAGAUCUGUUCAGCUCUUGGAUCAGAUUCCUCCAUAUGACACGCACAAGAUCGCAGUGCUGUAUGUUGGGGAAGGACAGAGCAGCAACGAGCUGGCCAUCCUUUCCAACGAGCACGGCUCCUACAGGUACACAGAGUUCCUGACUGGCCUGGGCAAGCUCAUCGAGCUCAAAGACUGCCAGCCAGACAAGAUUUACCUGGGUGGCCUGGAUGUGUGUGGGGAGGAUGGGCAAUUCACUUACUGCUGGCACGACGACAUCAUGCAGGCCAUUUUCCACAUUGCUACACUGAUGCCUACCAAGGACUUGGAUAAGCAUCGUUGUGAUAAGAAACGGCACCUUGGGAACGACUUUGUUUCCAUUAUCUACAACGAUUCAGGGGAGGACUUCAAGCUGGGGACCAUAAAGGGCCAGUUCAACUUUGUGCACGUGGUCAUCAAGCCCCUGGACUAUGACUGCCACCUGCUCACCCUUCAGUGCCGGAAAGAUAUGGAAGGGCUUGUGGAUACCAGCGUGGCGAAGAUCGUUUCUGAUAAAAACCUGUCGUUUGUUGCCCGCCAGAUGGCCCUGCAUGCCAAUAUGGCUUCUCAAGUCCAUCAUAGCCGCUCCAAUCCCACAGAUACCUACCCGUCAAAAUGGAUCGCUCGGCUACGCCAUAUCAAAAGGCUCCGGCACAGGAUCCGAGAAGAGGCCGACUACCACGCCUCUGGCUUCCCCACCAUGCACCCACCUCCCGCUGCAAAGCAGCCUUCUGCACACGCCCCUCAAGAUCCCGCUCCCACCUAUGAAACCGGACAGAGGAAGCGCCUGAUCUCCUCAGUGGAUGACUUCACAGAGUUUGUGUAGCUCCGUCGCCGCCUGCCUGUAUUGUCUGGUGUGCCAGGCGUUGUUCCUUUCCCAGGCUCCAGUUCCUCCCCCACAGAGAAGAUCCCAUCUUUGCACCCUCUGCGUACGACAGCAGCACAUCAGCCUCCUCUUGACCUGUGAUUUGUGACUGCGGUUUUACUCACGGCGACCUCAGCAGCUCCUGAUCCCUAAUUCUGCAACACGCGGCUCACUGGAAGUGCCUGUUGGCUCUUCGUUUUUGUGAUUUUAGCCAUCGUGUUCUCUGAAGAGAGUGGAGCAAAGUGGAGAGGAAGGAUGCUUGAGCGGCAGCCUGAGCCGAACCCCCCGGCAGCCAGGGUCCUCCUGGCUGGACGAUUCACAGGCCAUCCUCGUGGAUUUUCACGUGCACUUUAUCUCUGCCUGAUGGGAAAGGGAGUUGGUGGGGGUGACUGGCGGAUUGGGAGGGUCAGGCAGGAUUCAGUCUGAAAGGGCCCUGCCUAAGCCAGUGGACUUUGUCGAGAUGCCAACCUGUGGAGAUUGUGUAACUGAGCUGAGUAGGCUCAGGAGCCAGCGUGGGCCAGUCUUAAGCAGAAGCAGAACAGUAGCUCUGAUCUGGGUAGAGCUGAGAGCAAAACGUCCACCAGGUUUACAGGGAGGGAGGGCAGGCAGGCAGCGGUCUUUCUUUGAUUAAAUGGAUCCAUCUGGCAGGGCUGAACGGA